GGAUUGGUCGGGCGUCGGAGGCGUCGGCGCGGCUGGGCCCCGGCGGCGAGCUGCGUGGGAUGCCCUCGGCUGCGGGACCCGAGGCGGAGCUGAGGAGAAGUUGGCCGGGGGGCCGAGAGGUCAUGGCGAUGCACCCUGUGCUGAAAGCCUUUGUUUGUGGCUCCAUCAGUGGGACCUGCUCUACCCUCCUAUUCCAGCCUCUAGACCUGCUUAAAACCCGCCUGCAGACCCUACAGCCAUCUGUCAAUGGAUCAGGCCGUGUUGGCAUGGUAACUCUGUUCUUUAAGGUGGUUCGCACAGAAAGUAUACUGGGACUGUGGAAGGGUGUUUCUCCGUCCUUUGCAAGAUGCAUCCCAGGAGUAGGGAUUUACUUCAGCACCUUAUAUAUGAUAAAGCAGCAUUUUCUGCUGGAUCGUUCUCCUACAGCCCUGGAGUCUGUUUUGCUGGGUGGAACCUCGCGUACUGUAGCUGUGGUUUGCAUGUUGCCUAUCACUGUAGUGAAAACACGGUACGAGUGUGGAAGGUACGGCUAUGAAAGCAUUUAUGGAGCCCUGAGGAGCAUCUAUCGGUCAGAAAGUGUCCAGGGCUUGUUUAGCGGUCUGACUGCAACACUCCUGCGUGAUGCACCCUUUUCUGGCAUUUACUUGAUGUUCUACACACAAACCAAAAAGAUAGCACCGUAUGACCAAGUGGACCCAGCACUCUCACCUUUAGUGAACUUUGGCUGUGGGACUGUUGCAGGGAUUCUGGCAUCGCUGGCAACUCAGCCUGCUGACGUCAUCAAAACCCACGUGCAGGUGUCAUCCGACAAACACCUCCGGAUGCGCCAAGCCAUUGCCUUAAUCUUCAGGGAUUACGGAUUAAUAGGCUUUUUCCGAGGUGCCGUCCCAAGAGCUUUGCGACGAACACUGAUGGCGGCCAUGGCGUGGACUGUCUAUGAACAGAUGAUGUCUAAAAUGGGCUUAAAAUCCUGAGUGAGUUCUGCCGGAGAACAAAGCGGCCUAAUCCAGUUCUUCCACUCGCUGCAGUUGCUUUGUGAAACUGGUGGUCUGAGCCAUAUGGGAGGUGACUUGCACCCGUUUGUGGGGAAAUGCCGUCCAAGCCUGUGGACCAGGCUUUUAUAAGUGAGACUGAGGGGAGCAAAAUACUGCUCUGGUCACGACGGGAAGAGCAUUCCAGGGAGACUUUGCCAUACCUGCCAUACAAGUGCACAUCUUGGUGUCGGGUGCAUGUGUCAGACGUGCUGCUAAAGCCCACCUUCUUCACAAGAACCCUUUUCCAGAAGUCCUCUUCAGCCUGAGCCGCUUCCGAAGAGAACACAGGAAAGACUCUCAAGAAAGCGGUGUUGGGGUGGCUGAACCUAGCACCCCGAACCGGUGACUCCUAAAUUGUGUGCUGACUCUCCUGCCUGCUCUCCUCUUGAGUAAUGUGUUCUGCUUGUACACCCAGCAAAAACAGGGUAAAGAGGAGAGGCGACAGGAAGCGUGUCUGUUUCAGAGCUUGUCUGGUGCAGUUGGUAAGAAAGAACAAACAGUGCCAUUGCUGGAAAGCAACAGUGGGACGCAGAAUUUUUGCAUUCCUUAUAAUAAGGGCAGGGAGUCUGUAGCCUUCUAGCUGUUUGUUAGACUACAAAUCCCACCAUCCCUAUUACCAGAAAAAACAAACCUGACUAUUUAUUACCAGUGUGGGCUGAGGCUGAUGGGAGUUGAUAGUACUAAUGGAAGGAUACAGGUUCCCCAUCCUUGCCUUGUGGGAUUGCUUUAGUGUGCCAAACCCUGUAGUCAGUGAGUUUAAAUGGUUGCCAUUAAGCACUCCUGUGUCUUCAGUCUUCCUCUGUGUGCACGAAACAGUGGAAGAACAAAUCUACUUAAGGCACAACUCAGGAGUCAGAUGCUGGGACAAAUCCCUCUUAAGCUAUCUGUUUAAAUGUUGCUGUUAGUCCAGCUGCCUUCAGCAAGGGGGACUGUCCUAUCUUGCUGUUAUUUAGCUUUCUCCUAGCUGAGUAUUGCCUGACUUUUCCCCUUCUUUGCACUCCUUGCUCCAGCGAUCAGCAUCGGAGGCCAUGCUGCAGUUGUCUUUUGUGUGAAUAAGUUAGAGUGGGUGAAAAGCAAACUGGG